AUGCUGUUCCUACCGGUCGAUGGGCGAAUCCUUGAUCCACGAUUUAGUGGCAUCGACGAUGUGUUCAGGGAAAAUUUCUCCAUGGGUCUUGAGUCGGCUGGAGCCUGCUUUGCCGUGUAUCAAAACGGACGGCUGGUUGUCGAUCUGUGGGGUGGAGCUCAAAAUCGAGACACUGGCCAGCCAUGGAUGGAAAACACGAUGUCGGUCAUGUUUUCGACAACAAAGAGUCUAGCCACUACAAUUCUUGCAAUGGUAAUGGAUUGCGAAGGUGUACCCUACGACAGGAAAGUAUCGGAAUUCUGGCCGGAAUUUGCUAAAAACGGCAAGCAGGACAUAACCAUUAUGAACGUCGUACUUCAUCAGGCUGGUCUACCAUAUUCUUGUCAAAUGAUUACUAGAGAAGACGUCGCUGAUUGGAGGCGUAUGAGUGCUUACUUCGAGAAUGCCAACGCCCAUUUGGGCCCCUGGAACUCAAGCUGGUUCUUGGUCGACCAAAUUGUGCGACGACUUGACCGAUAUCGCCGUGGAUUGACAGAUCUUCUCAACGAGAUCACACGAGAUUAUGGGAUCGUUGAUCUAUCAAUCGGCCUCCAACAUCCGAAUGACAAUGAGCGUGUGGCUGUACUGCAAUAUCCGGGUGACCUGCAAAUCGAAUCCGAAGGACGGCGAGAUCCUGAAGCGUUGCGGCGAUGGAACGCUGGUGACAACGAGCACCAUAAACGACUUUACGAGACGUGGCCAUGGAUCACCACUGAUGAGAUAUUUUUUAUAGAAAUCAAUCUGAACCCCUUCAGUACAACUCGUUCGACAAUCGGGCCUACUGCCAAUGCCAUCAAAUAUGGGAAUCGGUACGCUCGAUCUGUGGCUCAUUUCCACUCUCUGAUUGCUGAACGGAAAAUUCUUAGCGACGCAUUUCAUAAGAAUUUGGAGCGGCCCGUGUUAGAGCACGACUAUGACCAUGUGAUCGGAUAUGAGGAGAAUAAGGGCUAUGGAUUUCAGUUCACGAAGAAUCCGAAGGGACAGUGGAUAUUCGGGCAUUCUGGAUUUGGAGGUCAAAAUGUUCGAGUGGAUAUGCAUAAUGGUCUUUCGUACGCCUAUUUGUGCAACGGUCUGAAAAUCUCUGACGCUGAUCUCGUAGAGCCGUGGAAACGACUUGUCGACAAAUUAUAUUCUCUGUUAUGA